GUGCCGAACAAAACUGAAACCAAAAUAUCCAAGAUGGUGAUGGUGUAGUCUACAAUGGAAUAUACAGGUCAAGUUUAUUAGACAACCCCAGCUACCAAUGGAAAAAAUCUCCACAGGCAGACAAUCACCCCUUUGUGUGGUGCUCACAGCAGCCGUCGGAGGCUAUGCUAUCACAGCCACUACAGCACAAGCAAUAGAGGCAGGAGACUGGUUUAUCAAAAGCACCACCUUACCAGAGGUUAUUCACAUGGCAGAGGACACCGGUGCAUUUGGUGUGGGUCUGCUGAUGACCUGCUUGGCACUGGGCAUUGCGCUGUGGUCAGCUGCAGUGGGCAUCAAGUUUGCCACAGGAGUAAAUAGUCUCUUGAAGAUGCUAGGGUUGAACACUUUGACAAUGAUCUCCGUGGGGCCGUUGAUGGCCCUGGGAGCCUCAGGAACUGGAGCUCUGCUGGGGACAGCUGCUGCAUCUCUCCUGGUGUGGGGAAAACAGGGACUCUUCAUAGGACUCAGUGUUGUGAUACUAGUCAGCUGCAUUGUAAUGUGGCCUCUCACUCCAGCAUUGAGAAAUCCCCCUGAAGAAUGUGUCCUUUUAAUGAAACAGCUAAUAGUGUUCUUGAUUAUCCAGUUCAUUGUCAUAUUUUUGGGGAUUAUUUUGAGCUUUGUUCAUCCAGGUGCAUAUAUUUUAAUGCUAAUAAUGACAUGGGCCACCGUGGGUUCAGAACCAACUCGCCAAUGUACGUUAGCCCAAAAACUGUUGAGACAUGUUCCUGGUCAGAUGCCAGAUUCAGGGGAUUUCUUUGUGUACAGUUUUUGCAUGGUGACCUUGUUCACGGGUUUUACAACUGGAGCUACAGCGUUUUUUCUAUCCUACAGACAGCAAGCACAGCAAGCCACCAAAAUAAUACUGUUAUCGUGUGCACAUAUUGGACCACUGUGUGCCACCAUAAUGGGAUCUGUGAUUGGCAUCUACUCCAUGCUGGGUUUAAAGACUAAAGAUGCUGAAACAGUGGCUCUCGGUGCAGUAAGCACAACUAUAUUGGCACUGAAAGGUGUUCCAGCAGCCCUGGACAGCCUUGGACCGUGUGGCACCGCAGGUCUGCUCCUGGGAGUGGGCAGCAUAGCAGGGCUAUCUGUGGAAGCUGCUGUAAUAGCUGCAAAGAUGAGGUACCAUGGACCAGGCGGUGCAGGUGCUUUGUUAGGGGCAUUUGGGGGUGCUAUUUUAGGGACAAUAUCUUUAUCGAUAUCUAGAAAAAUACUAUUAUGGUCUGUAACGACUAUUGUGGCUGCAAUUCCAAAUCUUGAGAGAACUGAACGAAUUGGAUGUGGAGACGUAAACACACUGGAAAGUGCUGUUGAGGGUGCAGUGUUUUUUGGCAUAGUUGCUCUAGCAACAGGAGCUGUAGGACUGGCAGUAAUAGUUAUUGGGUUCACAGGAAAUACAGGGUUUGUCAUAAGUAUUGUUGUCAGCUUAGUAGCAAUCAUAUAUUUAUUCAAAUUGACUAAAUAAUGCAUGUUUAGGCUACCUCAAAGCAUUAUGGUGGUUAUUGCAUUUAGCAGAUGUUUUUCUUCCAAAGUAACUUACAGAAUAUAAACUUACAAUAGUUCAAAUUAACAGUAAACAUUUUUUAAGGAGGAACCACUGAGGAAAAUAGUCUUAAAUCUGACCUAUAGCGUUUAUGGCAGGUCGAUACAACAGACUCAGGCUCAUCAGAGACUGCAGUGGGCGAUUGGGGAUAUAGAGCUGGAUCAUGGCAUUGAGAUAGCAGGGAGCAGUACAUGUCCAGAGUGAGGGAUUUGAAUUGAAUUCUGACUGCUAUAGGAAGCCCAAUGCUGAGUGGCCAGGAGUUACAUGUGUCCUCUUUGGCUGAUUAAAGACUAGGGCUAGGGAAUAGGCCUACUGCAGCAUUCUGAAUGAACUGGAAUGGUCUCACUGCAGAAGCAGGCAGGCUAGGUAGGCCUAUGUAUUGCAAUAGUCCAGUAUGAAAAUAACCAUAGCCUGUACAAAAAGUUGUAUGCCAUCUUGUGUCAGAUAAGGUCUGAUCUGCAACCUUCUGUAAAGGAUAAACCAUCAUGAUUUUGCUAUUGAAGCUAGUUCUGGGCUACAUGCUCAUCAAUUAUUAAUUCAUAAUUAAUUAGGCCUACUGAUGUCCUGUGUUUCAUGUCAGAAAAGUUCGCUGAAAGAUGGCUGGCCAAUGACAGCAAAGUAAUUGCCGUAUGUCUUGUAUGCAUUACAAUGGUAUGUUUGAUGAAAUGCCUGAAAAUUACGAGGCCGUGUGCCGGGCCGAUCUGAAAGCUUAUGCUGCCACCUAGUGUAUUAAAAGUUUACGUGAAAUCCGAUCAGUCUCUUUUUCAAUAAUUGUUUAAUUGGUCAAAAACAGAAUAUACGUUUCGAUUUUUGUACAGUAAAUCGAAUUUGUUGAUUAAAUGAAUCAGAAAGUAAUAGGAAAACUUACAA